ACAGCAGUGGUUACAAAAUAAUCUGUUUUCUGGGAUAUGAUGCAGUAUAGUCCAGUGAAAAUCAACUAACAUUUUGAAAGAAUAUACAGCCUCCAUCUUCACGAUAAAAGAAUAAGCCAAGAAAUGCUAUGCUUGCUACCUGCUGGUUUCUUGCUUGGCUUAUUUUUAGACUCUGAAGAUGGAGGCUAAAUGUUCCUUAAAAAUUUCGGUUUUCAUUGGACUACAUGAUAUUAUAUCCCAGAAGACAUAACCUACUUUAUCAGAAAUAUACUUUUAUACAUUAUGUUUUAUAAGAAAUACAACUCUACACAACAUAUAUUUUUGAAGAGAACAAAUUCUCUUUAAUGAGACUUUUAGUUUAUACAAAUUCAGGAGUAAAAAUAUUUAUUGUAAAAUUAAGGCAAAGUAGAUGAAAUGAAAAGAGAAUAAUUUAGAUACUUAUAUGAGCAAGAACCCACAGGACAGAGGACAGCUCAGAAAGUGGAACUGAUUUUAUUCAAAUUGAACACAGCAGCAUGUAUCAAGAUAGAGGACUGAAGAUUAGAACCCUUCAUGUACGAGACAUUCGCUUUCCCACAUCACUGGAGUUGCAUGGAUCUGAUGCCAUGCAUGUGGACUGUGACUAUUCCUGUGCAUAUGUCACUGUCUACACAGAAGGAGAUGUGGAGGGUCACGGCUUAACCUUCACCAUUGGCCGUGGGAAUGAAAUUGUUGUAGCUGCUGUUAAAUCACUAUCACCACUUGUGGUUGGUCAGGAUGCAGGUCAAAUAUUUAACGAUUUUGCUGGCUUUUGGAGGAAACUUACCAAUGAUUCACAGUUAAGAUGGGUGGGCCCAGAGAAGGGAGUCAUUCAUCUUGCCACAGCAGCCAUUAUAAAUGCCCUGUGGGAUCUUUGGGCAAAAUUGCAGCAGAAACCAUUGUGGAAGCUUUUGGUGGAUAUGGAACCAGAGCAACUAGUUUCUACAAUUGACUUCAGAUACAUCUCUGAUGCGGUAACGAAACAGGAAGCAAUUGCAAUGUUGAAAGCGAUGCAGGAGGGCAAGGAGGAACGGGAGGAACGGAUGAUAAGAAUUGGAUAUCCAGCUUAUACGACACAAGCUGGAUGGCUGGGUUACUCAAAUGAACAAGUGAAAGCUCUGUGCUCUAAAUACCUUGCCAAAGGCUUUACGGCCUUUAAAGUAAAGGUGGGCCAAAAUCUGGAAGAUGACCUUUGCAGAUGUGCAAUGGUACGAGAGAUCAUCGGUUGGGACAAUAAGCUGAUGGUGGAUGCCAACCAGGUGUGGGACACUGAGCAGGCCAUUGAAUGGAUGAAGCAGCUGGCAGAAUUCAAACCAUUAUGGAUAGAAGAGCCAACGUUUCCUGAUGAUGUUUUGGGUCAUGCAACUAUAUCCAAGGCGCUGAAGCCAUUGGGAAUUGGAGUAGCUACUGGAGAGAUGUGUUGCAAUCGUGUCAUGUUUAAGCAGUUCCUCCAGGCAGGAGCAAUGCAGUAUUGCCAAAUUGAUUCAUGCCGUAUUGGGGGAGUCAAUGAGGUCCUAUCCGUCUACUUUAUGGCAAAAAAACUUGGAGUGCCAGUGUGUCCCCAUGCAGGAGGUGUUGGCCUAUGUGAGAUGGUACAGCACCUCCAAAUAUUCGACUACAUUUGUCUGACUGGUACAACAGAGGGUCGAAUGAUUGAGUUCGCAGAUCAGCAACACGAACAUUUUGAAAAUUCUAUACAUGUCCUACAUGCCCAUUACAUUGCACCUAAGAUGCCCGGUUACAGCACGGCGUUGAAAGCUGAGUCAGCCGAGGCUUAUGAGUAUCCGAAUGGAAGUAAAUGGGAAGAAAUGUUUGCCAAAGGGCUGUUUCCUGAUCCACGUAAACAAAAUGUAUUUGUUUGCCAAGCCAAUUAAUUAAUUUGUAUUAAAACAUGUUUAUAUUAACCCUUAAAGCACACUGGUUACCAUGUGUACCACCUGCUUUAACAUUAGAAAAUUCUGCAUUCUCACUCAUUGUACUUGUGUAUUCUGUAUGAUUCUCACAAUAAAAAGUGAUUACUUCCCCAAGAGCA